CCCGCCUUCCUCCCCCGCGCUGGCCCCUCCUUGCCCCUGCCCAAUGAACGCCCGGCAUCCGCUUGCCUCGCUGCAGCCGACCGAUCGGCCGGUUCGGCUCCAUCUGUUUGUAGACCACAUUGCCGCAUCGGCCUGGGCCGUGGGCGGUCCGCCGGGCGGGACAUCCGACGCGUCGGCCUACCUGGACCCGGUGGAAACACAGGCCGUCGAGUUUGUGGUGGGCGACGCGUCCGGGUCCCUGCCGCUGUUGGUGACGAAUCCUGAGAGCAUCGCCAUCCUGGGCCAGCUGGUCGGCCGGUGGGUCAACCUGUGCCAGGUCCAGGUCCGGGUAUUCCGCCGGCGCCUGCAGCUGGUGGCCACCGACCAGACGACCAUCGAUGCCGGGCCCGAGGGCCGCGGUCUGCCGGCCCCGGGCCCGAUCGACGCCGAGACCGACGACAUCCCCCUGGCCGAUGCCUCGCCGGAUGUGCCCUUUUCCGUUGGGCCGAUGCUCUCGGCCGAGUGGCUAUCCUCGACGCGCUGGUGAGCACUUGCCUCCCCCGGUGCCCCUCGGCAUGCACGCGCGCACGUCUGCUGGCGCACAAGCUCACGAUGUGAGCGUGACAGGAAUGCAGGGGCACAUGCUUG